UGAAUUUAUAAUGGGUUUUAAUACGAGGCAAAAUUUAAACACAAUUCUUUAACAGUUUUCUCUUUUCUUUCUGUCUUCCCCAGUUAAAUCCAAGUAAAAAUGCACCCCCCUUUCAAAAUAAAUCUCAUUAAACAAAUUAUCUGUAUUUAGCACAGAAAAAUAUAUGGAAUUAUUUUCCCAAAGAUGAGUAGUAGGUCACGAGUGAUGCUUGCAUAAUUUUUAAUCAAGUAUCCUGAAAAACAUGCUAGUACUGUAUUUUCAAAAGUAAGUUUCUAUUCCUAGAACUAAAACAGAAAAGAAGUGUUGUUAGAUACAUAAAUGAAGCCAAUAAAUUUAACCAAGGGCUUGCCAUUUUCCUGCAGGAUGUUCCUAAAUAGUACCUGGCAAGGGAAGUUGCCGUAUGGCUACAAGUAACCUAGGUGGCAGCAUCUCCUCCCAGAGUAAGGCCUAAGCACACAAGUUCUUCCUUCCAUCUACAGACGCAGGAAACCGCUACUGGAGAAGUUAUAUGAUUGGCUAAACCGUGAAUGACGCAACAUAACCCACGCCCACUGAGAAUCGGCCUUUCCCGGACUGGCUCAGAUUCCGCUUUCCGAUUGGUCCCUACAGCAAGAGAGGAGGGACAAUUGCUUAAGUUGACCUCCGGGUCCGGAAUCGAGGGCAAAGAUGGCGGCGGCCAGGUGUUGGAGGCCUUUGCUACGCGGUCCGAGGCUUUCAUUGCAUACCGCGGCUAAUGCCGCCGCCACGGCUACAGAAACGACCUGCCAAGACGUCGCGGCGACCCCCGUCGCGCGGUACCCGCUGAUUGUGGCCUCCAUGACAGCCAAAAGCAAGGCGGCACGGCUGCGGCGGAUCGAGCGCUGGCAGGCGACGGUGCACGCUGCGGAGUCGGUAGACGAGAAGCUGCAAAUCCUCACCAAGAUGCAGUUUAUGAAGUACAUAGUUUACCCGCAGACCUUCGCGCUGAACGCCGACCGCUGGUACCAGUACUUCACCAAGACCGUGUUCCUGUCGGGUCUGCCGCCGCCCCCAGCGGAGCCCGAGCCCGAGCCGGAGCCCGAACCCGCGCUGGACUUCGCGGCGCUGCGUGCGGUCGCCUGCGACUGCCUGCUGCAGGAGCACUUCUACCUGCGGCGCAAGCGGCGCGUGCACCGUUCCGAGGAGAGGGAGGUCAUAUCUUUGCCCUUCCUGGAUCAGCUGGUGUCAACCCUCGUGGGCCUCCUCAGCCCACACAACCCGACUCUGGCCGCCGCCGCCCUCGAUUAUAGAUGCCCAGUUCAUUUUUACUGGGUGCGUGGUGAAGAAAUCAUUCCUUGUGGUCAUCGGAAAGGUCGAAUUGAUAACUUGCGAUACCAGAUAGAUGAUAAACCAAACAACCAGAUUCGAAUAUCCAAGCAACUCGCAGAGUUUGUGCCAUUGGAUUAUUCUGUUCCUAUAGAAAUCCCCACUAUAAAAUGUAAACCAGACAAACUUCCAUUAUUCAAACGGCAGUAUGAAAACCGCAUAUUUGUUGGCUCAAAAAUUGCAGAUCCUUGCUGUUACGGUCACACCCAGUUUCAUCUGUUACCUGACAAAUUAAGUAGGGAAAGGCUUUUGAGACAAAACCGUGCUGAUCAGAUAGAAGUUGUUUUUAGAGCUAAUGCUAUCGCAAGCCUUUUUGCGUGGACUGGAGCGCAAGCUAUGUAUCAAGGAUUCUGGAGCGAAGCAGAUGUUACUCGACCUUUUGUCUCCCAGGCUGUGAUCACAGAUGGAAAAUACUUUUCCUUUUUCUGCUACCAGCUAAAUACUUUGGCACUGACUACACAAGCUGAUCAAAAUAACCCUCGUAAAAAUAUAUGUUGGGGUACACAAAGUAAGCCUCUUUAUGAAACAAUUGAGGAUAAUGAUGUGAAAGGUUUUAAUGAUGAUGUUCUACUUCAGAUAGUUCACUUUCUACUGAAUAGACCAAAAGAAGAAAAAUCACAGCUGUUGGAAAACUGAAAAAGCAUAUUUGAUUGAGAACUGUGGGAAUAUUUAAAUUUUACUGAAGGAACAAUAAUGAUGAGAUUUGUAACUGUCAACUAUUAAAUACAUUGAUUUUUGAGACAAA